AGGUGGGUGGCUCAAACAAUUCGAUCGCCUUGAGCUUGAGAGCUUUGGGUCCGAACCUCGAUGACGGCGGUUCAUCCCCAGAUAUGCACUCUGGCAUCGCCCCACUCGCCGUCCAGCACAGCCGAGACCUACGUGGAUGCCGCGCUGACUUUUGAGGCAGGCCCUGAGGAGGUCAGGAUCUGGAAUGGUCGCGAUGAGGACCACAAGAUGGAAAAAGACGGCUUCGAGCUUUGCAAUGUGUCUCUGCCCCAGGAGGAGGUGGACUGGUACGAUCCACCGGCCGUGGCGGCUACGCUUUAUCCAAUGGCCGAGAAGGCGUUGCUGGACCUCAUGCCAGGCUCCAACAAGGUCAUCGUCUUCGACCACAUCGCGCGGAACGCCGGGCGCGUGGAGCAGGAGAUGCGGGAAGCGGGGCUGACGCAAGAGCUGAGCAGCGAGGAGGACGCGGCCAAUGGCUUGAAGACGCAGCUGCUGGCCGUCCCCGGACGCUUGGUCCACGGGGACUACACGGCGCGCUCGGGAGAUACGCGGACCAGGGAGCUGCUGGCACCGUGCGAGUCCGCGGAGAGGAUCGAGGCGGCCAUGCAGGGCCGCGUCGCCUUGGUUAACGUUUGGGUGCCGCUGUGCCCCGUCCUGCGGGACCCGCUGGCGCUGGCAGAGUGGCAGACCUGCCGCCCCGAGGACGUGAUCCGGGUGAAGCGGAUCCAUCCCCACCGCACAGGGGAGAUCUACCAUGGGCUUCGUGCAGCUGAACGCCAAAGGUGGGUCUAUUUUCCUGGCAUGGAGCCUGGCGAGGUGCUGGUCUUUAAGACCUACGACUCCGCGGAGGACCGGCCGCGCUUCGUGAUCCACUCCGCUUUUGUGGACCCCAGCUCUCCUCCCAGCGCCCCGGCGCGGGAGAGCAUCGAGCUGCGCUGCAUCGUCUUCUUCUCGGAGGUGCCCGAAGAUUUCGGCGCCCAAUUCGUGCCGCCCCACCUGGACCCCUCCUCUCCGGAUCAUGACUUGACUGCGCCGAAGGUUGAGAAGUCUGAGGCAAUGCCGGAGUGGUGAGGGGUGCACCGCAUUUUGUAGCCGGUGACGUGUCCAGAAUUCGAAUGAAUCUUCCCGGCUUGGCCAUGGUACCUAGCAACAGGGCAAGGGGUUACUUUCCUUGACUCUGGGCCGCGGGGUAUGGCUGCGGUGCAAAGGGAUGAGAAAUAUGUGAGUGUGACAGAGUGGCGUUGAAGUCGGCGUCCACCUUUUGUUGGCCGGUACCGGCGCAAGAAAACCACAUGCCAGCUGCAAAGUCAUUGGGUGA